AGGAGCAAAAAGCAACAAUCCCUCAAGGUUUUUUGUCUUUUUUUUUUGUUGUUGCUCAUGCUCCUUUACAAGUAAUAAAUCUAAAUGAGAAAUUAAAAAAAAAGUCCAACAUGAUGCACUUAUAUCAAGUUUUUUCUUUUUCUCAUUUUAAUGAUGAGACUAACACUCAAGAAGAGGCGUCAUUCAGCUGCCUUUGUAUUUAAUUUGUACAAAUUAUCCCCUCAUCCGUGUUUAACCUGCAGCUCUCAUACGGCGCAUUGGUUCGAGAAGGCCUCCUGACUGGACCUUUAAAAGAACAAAGACGGCCUCCAUCAGUGUGAGCGGUUAUUUGCUUCACUGAUGGCUGUUUGCAGAUAAACCUCCAGCCAGUCACGGACUGCAGSUCGGUGGUCCCGACGAGGACCGCCUGCUUCCCAGAGGCCGCAGAUGUGACAGCAGGAUCCAGAUGUGUCAUUUUAGAGAGAGGAGAGGAGAGCUGAGCUGAACACGGGACAAAAAGCUGCAACAAAAUCAUUUCCUGGUGAAGUUUCCUUCUCAAGACAGACUGCAGUGAGUAAGAGGAGAAGAUGAAGAGGAGAAGAUCUUCGCUGCGGUCCAACUCUGGACAGGAAGAACGAAGUUUAGACACAGAACAUAACCUGAGAAAAAGAAAGAGCAUCAACUAUCACGAUGAAGAUUAUUAUUAUGAGGAAGAAGACAACUGCAGCCUGUCACUAACACACGAAGAUCGAGAAUGGUGGCCUGUAAGCUGUGGGGACAAAAAGGGGACGAUGGAUGUCCAAAAGCUGGCGAAAAGUGAGGAGUGUAUCGAGUGUGAGGGCCGCAUGUUCACCCCGCCUGCCUUUGAGAACUUUGCAGGAAAAGGCUCAUCUAAAAAAUGGAAACUCAGCAUAAACUCUGAUGGAAGACCUCUGCAACAUUGGUUUGAUGAAGGCCUUCUGGACACUGAGGGAUUCAAAAGAGGGACAAAGACGUAUAAAAAGAAAGGUAAAACAUUUCAGAACAACGGAGAGAAACCAGCUCAUAAUUUAAGACGACGCGACGCUCAGUUAGCUGGAGAGUCGGGAACAGAAGCUACAGACGACUCUGAGAACGACGAUGGGAUUCCUUCAUGCUCCAAGUUAUGGAGGAUGGAGGAAGAGCGAGAGAGAGAUGAGGAGCUGGAUGAAAUGGAAAACGAUGAGGAUGAUAACAAUAAAGGCGCUCCUAAAGAGCCUGAUCCGAGGUUGAUCAUCUCAACACCUGAAAAACUCGCGUUGCAGAUGAACUCGAUUGUUCUUCUCCAAAGAAUGUCGAUGACGAGGAGUCGCUCUCAGACCGCCGCUGUGGUUCGUCAACUCAAAGACGAUGAGGAAGGAGGCAGAGAUUCAGAGAUGAGUUACUAUGACAAGACAAAAAGCGGUGAGAGAGAAAACCUGGAGGAGGACAGCGAGGAACCAGUGGAGAGUGAAACGGCAGACGUGGCCACAAACACUUCCCCCCAACAAGAACCGGUCGAGCGGAAGAGCCACGAAUUACUGAGUCUUUCCGCUGAAACUUUGACUAGUCCGAGCUCAUGUGACAAUCACACAGAUGUGACCUGCUUGGACCAAUUCGAACCACAGACGAUGUCAGAGACGAGAAGCGUCUGCGAUUCGGACAGCACUCGCAUCUCGGACAAGGUGGAGACCUCAACGUCGGGGGUCUUAACCGGGUCCGAUGUGGACACGAUGGACCUGGACCAGCUGCAGAGAGAAACUCUAAAAACGCAGCUGGAGGCUGCAAGAGAACAAACGGAGGCUUCAAGAGUGCAGAAGGAAUAUUACAGUUUGAAAUUACGUCUCUUACAAGGUCAGAUGAAAGCUGGUCGCUUCAGUUCGACGAUGUAGGAUGUGAUGCGACUUUAACGAACUCUGGGAGGGAUGAAGCAUUUUCUGUGACAGGAAAUUACAAACAGAUGAGAAUUUUAUCAUCAGUGUCGAGAAAAGAUUUCGAUCAUCUGUGGAAUUAAACUGGGAUGCCGGAGAAUAAGAUAAUGUGAAUAGACAUUAAUUUUAACGGGUGUUAUUUGUUUUUAUAUGUAAAUAGAAUUGUAUGUAGAAAGAGGCUAUAUUUUAAGUUUUCUAAAGUAUCUUACUUUUUUUAUUGAUAACAUGACAUUUUUCUCACCAUCUUCCUGUUACAUUUAUUAUAAUUAUGUUACAAGAUGGUUUUCUGACAAUGUUUUAUGAAGUUUCUUUGUGUUUCAAGGUGGAAAUAAAAAUUGAAGAAUGUUAAAAAAAUUUUUGUCAGAUGUCAGUUGGGACAAUUCCCUCAUCUUUUCUAAA